AUGUCUUCAACGGAGCCUUCGCAAAACAAAACAUGGGAGCUUUCCUUAUACGAGCUCCAUCGUACACCACAAGAAGUUAUUACAGAUGCCACGGAAAUAGCGGUAUCCCCGCGAAGCUUACACAGCGAACUAAUGUGCCCAAUUUGUUUAGACAUGCUAAAGAAGACAAUGACAACAAAAGAAUGCCUUCACAGGUUCUGUUCAGACUGUAUAAUUACUGCUCUUCGAUCUGGCAACAAAGAGUGUCCAACAUGCCGCAAGAAGUUAGUUUCAAAGCGUUCUCUCAGACCAGAUCCAAAUUUUGAUCUAUUAAUAUCCAAAAUUUAUCCCAGUAGGGAUGAAUAUGAAGCUCACCAAGAGCGUGUACUAGCUAAAUUAAAUAUGUCACAUUCCCAAGCAUCGUUAGUGAAUUCUAUUACCGAAGGAAUAAAGCUUCAAUCGCAAAAUCGACCACAACGAUCGAGAAAAAAUCAUGAAGAAAACAGUAAUCCAUCAAAUUCUAACGGUACUUCGGAGCAAGCUCAAAAUGGAAGUAGUUCUUCAGCUCCUAAAGAUGGUACACCACCAACUGGUAAUCCGACGCCACCAGGGCAAUCUACAUCCAACCCGGCUUCUGUACGAAGCACGCCGUCUCCUGUACCUUCAAAUGUAAGCUCUGUGUCAAAAAACACAAGCACAACUAAAAGGGCAAAGUCUGUUGUUACAUCGGAACGCAGUGAGGAAAGUGAAUCUAGUGAUGGCAGAACUGAAGGUGAAAACUCAAUGGAUACUGAGGGGGAAGGAGAACCAUUGAACCCAAAUGAAAUAGAAUUAGUGUUUAAACCACAUCCUACAGAAAUGACUGGAGAUAACCAGCUAAUGAGAGCUCUAAGAGAUAGUUCUGUCAGAUACCUGAAGACCACAGCUAAUGCAUCUGUGGAUCAUCUCAGCAAGUACUUAGCAAUGCGCCUCACUUUAGACUUAGAUGCAGAGUUGCCAGAAGCAUAUCGUCUUCUCAAUUUCUGCAUUUAUGUUGCCCCAUCUCCUGGCCAGUUUGUGCCACUGGCCGGAUCACAGACACUGAGGCAGAUUAAUGAUAAGUUUUGGAAGGUUAACAAGCCACUGGAGAUGUACUAUUCUUGGAAGAAGACUUAG